CAUGUGGAGCAAAGUGGCUCGGUGGCGUUGCUUCUCCCGAGCCCUUUCAUUCAGAAUGCCUCAAGUCUGGUUCGCAAGAGAGCAAAGCAGCCUGGCCAGGUGGCGUUAGACUACAGCUGAGGAACAGACGAAGUGACCCGGCGGGCCGCCCGCACUCCUGGCACUCCGCCAAGUUCAUCGAGAACCAGCCCGAUCUCAGUAUGAUGCAAAUAUCUCAGGGCAUGAUUGGCAGUCCCUGGCAUCCCGCCUACCAUUCCAGUUCCUCUACAAGUGAUCUUUCGAGCUAUGAGCAUGACUAUUUAAGAAGAAGCCCUGACCAGUACAGCUCCAGGGGGAGCAUGGAGAGCUUGGACCAUACCCCGGCGGGGUACUCCCAUCACUCCUGCCACCUUUCACCUGCCAAGUCCACCAACAGCAUCGACCAGCUGGCCCAUCUCCACAGCAAGAGAGAUUCGGCCUAUAGCUCCUUCUCCACCAACUCCAGCAUCCCUGAAUAUCCAGCCCCUGCUUUCUACAAGGAACGCUCCUACUCCAUGGAGAACGUGCAUUCCCGGGGGAGACCGCAGGAAGGGGGAAUGCGGCAGGCCGAUAUCAGGUACAUUAAGACUGUGUACAAUGCUCAGCGAGGGGUUUCCGAGGAAUAUGAGGUGAAGUCCUCCGCUCUUUUGCCAAACUCUGAGGCCCAAGCGAAAAGUUACAGUUCAGGCAGACCGCACGGCUACAGCAAAGGCCGACCAACCCGGAGUUCGUCUGACAGCGAGGGCCAGUAUAUGAAGGGGCCUCCUAUGCCACCGACCCGUAGUGAUAGUUACGCAGCAAUAAGGCACCACGAGAGGCCCAGCUCCUGGUCUAGCCACGAGCACAGGAAGCCGUGUAGGACUCACCCCAAAAGUGCUUGGACUCACGUGGGCCAAGGGACUCCUCCUCCGCCAGGGCAUCUCCAGAAAGCUGGGUUUCUUGAAGGACAGCUCCACACGGUGAUGGAGAAGAGCCCAGAGAGCAGUCCCACGAUAAAGCCCAAACAGGUCUACGGGCAGGCUGCUCAGCCAGGCCAGCCUUUGCUUCCUACUGGCGUCUACCCUGUACCUUCCCCUGAGCCACAUUUUGCCCAGGUUCCUCAUCCUUCUGCCAGCCAUAGUGGGAUAGUUUAUCCAGCACUUGCCAAAGAGAGCGGGUACGCGCCACCUUCUGCAUCAUCUCCAGCUCCCUACGAAAAAGGUGCUGUCUGCAGACCACCUUCUGGCUUGGAUGAGAAUGGAAACCAAAGCGUUCCGAACAAGGCUGCCAUCUUCUACCAGCCUGAGUAUAUGUCCACCGUGGCAGAGAAGAAGGAGGCAGAUGACACGGCUGCAAAAUUUGUCUUGUACAGAACUCAUCCUCAAGCCUAUGCAAUAUCUCCACCUCAGGAUGAGUCAGAGCCUCCAUACGCGCCGACUCAAGCAAUCCAGGAAACUGCAAGAAAUUCACAGCACUCAGCCCAUGGUGCUCAGCCAUGGAUGUCUCCGUUAGGGGACAUGAAUGACAGCAAAGCCAACUUCCACUCCAAGGACUAUGGUUCAGGAGAACAGCAAGAAGACAAGAAUACCAGUCUGCAGAGAGAGGACAGAAACCCCACAUCCCAGCACCCAUGGGGUUCCAGGAAAGCCAAACAAUAUGGCUUUUCCUCUUUACAAAACAUCUCUGAGAGCACCAAGUUGCCCAAUAGUAGGAAUGGGGAUGAAAUGGAACCAGAUAAGAGCUACUCUGCUACCAAAUGGCAUUUUGUGAAUUACAGCAGCCGAGAAGAGAAGGAUUGUCGAGGGCAGAUCCCUGAGCCGUGGCAUGACCAACAAUGGCAAACCUGGGAAGGACACCCAAAUGCCAGUGGCAUCACGGAGAAUUCCCAAGGUCUGGAACCGAAAUACGAGGAACCUCCUCCUUCAUUGCUCCCCGAGACGUCGGAGUUUAGCGUUCGGCGGCUUAGUUCUAGCAGCACCCAAAGCAUUCAUGGGAAGAUGGACUCCAGGAAGCCUCGAUGUUCUGUGCUGGACAAAGUUAGCAAGAUAGAGCAGCGUGAGCAAGGAAGCCAGAGGCCACAGAGUCUGAGUGCAAACUCUUUGGGGCAGAAUUAUGGCUCAAACAAACCCACCUUCAACAGCGUUGAGGUUGGCCGAAACAGACGCAACUCACAAGAGCAUGGCCAGUUUCAAGGUGAACGUGGGGUCAGGCUGGCCAGGCCACAUAGCUCGGAGCUGACCCCAUAUAUGCAGCGUCCCAGCGAAAGAGGGGCUGUCAGACCAGAACGAGCGAAUUGGCAUUCUGCAGACCAGCAGAUGGUGGCAACAGGAGGGCCAGGACAGGAGAACAUCUACCAUGGUGGGCUCUCUGAGAAUGAGUUGCAGAAGCAAGCUGGUCAGCUGCAACGGAGCAGAAGUACAUUCCAGUUGCUGGAGGAGCCCGAGAAGGAAACCCUAUGGAAGGGUCACGCCCAGGACUUGAAUGGCUCACCGUUGGAUGUCCCCUUUAACAGCGCUUACAGGAACAGCAUUAAAGAUGCCCAGUCAAGAGUUUUGAGGGCCACCUCCUUCAGGCGCAAGGACCUCCACGUUAUUUCACCUGUCGGAAAGGAGCCCAAAAGAAGCGUGCAGAGGCCAGCCUCGGCCCAUGUUGGGAUAAGAAGCACGGCAACAUCCCCACAUACCCCGAAGGAGAGGCACAGCAUCACACCCACAGAGGCAAAACUGGAUUAUACCAAGAAAGAGAGUCAUCCGCACGUCGCCCGCAUUGGCGGGAGGAAGCGCCUGACCGCCGAACAGAAGAAACGGUCUUAUUCUGAGCCAGAAAAGAUGAACGAAGUGGGCAUGUCCGACGCGGAGCUCUCUCCCUUCUCCCUUCAUAAGAAAGUCCUCCAGUUUGUUUUCCCAGAAAACACGGUGGCCGACCGACGCAAAAUCUUCGAGCGAGAGAACAAGGCUUGCUCUACCAUCAACCUGUCAAAGCCGGAGCUGAAGCAGCUGCAGCAGAAUGCGCUGGCAGAUUACAUUGAACGCAAAACGGGGAAGCGCCCGUCAUCGGCAUCCCAGGAGAUCAGCCUCGUGCACGAGGGCUCUCAGACCCCAAGCCUGCAGGCAGGUGGCCAAGAGGGCCAUUCUCUCUCAUCGUCUUCCAGCAUGAAUUCUCUUCAAGACCACAGUCUGUACCAUCGCAGGGAGUCCCUAGAACGGGUCUCUAGAAAAGGACGCGGCGUUGCUACUCUCCCUCCUGGCCUUACAAGCUGCUUCGACCUUAGUGGCUUUGAGAACAAGAAAGCAGCCCAUCCAAAUAGCAACGGUAGCCGUCCCUUUCCCAACUGGCUGAAGACAGACCGACUUCAUGAACACAAAGCCAAUCCGGAGCUUAAUAAAAGCACUCAGACAGAUCUUGACAUCUGCACUCAGCCACCGCAUAAUCAUCAACAAUCCCAGGGGAAGAAGCCAGGACGCACCAAAAAGCCCGGAAAAUCAGCCUCUGCCGAGGACCUGCUGGACAGAUCAGAAAACCGGGCAGUCAGUGUGCAUAUCCGUUCCAGAUCAUCUCCCACAGCAGAUAAGAAGUGCCAGGAUGUGCUGGUGGGAGACAGUGUUGAGUUCAGCCGUUUUGUGAAAGAUCCCUUCUACGUGAUGGGUGCUGACAGCAGAUCAUUAGGCAAUAAAGAAAGGAGUCGGAAAGAGAAAUCGGCCUUCACACAGUACCAGCCUCAUCCCCGUCAUAGCAGUGAAGGGGUCACUGGCUCGUUUGUACUGAGUGAAAAUCAGAAAGCUCCGGAUUUCUUCAGGCACGUCAGCAGGCCGUCAGCGUUCGUCUCGAUUUCUGCAGGGAUGAAGGGUCAUCAUCCUGACUCUAGACCAAGCACCAGACUCAUAACUUCUACCAGGACAGGCUGGUCUUCUCCCAACACUGCUAACUCCACACUCCCUCCCUCAGAUUUUCAGAUUGCUGGAGAAAGUGUUGUAACGAGAUGUCCAUCUAGGUCUGACCAAGAUGUCAACAGUAGAACUCAGGCCCAAGUUCCGGAGAAUGCAGACUGCCUACCCAAGGAGCCAACAGAAGAAGCUCCUUGGAGACAUAAGACCCCGUUGCCUCAGAGGCACCUUGCGCCUAAAAUUAAAUGGGUCAAAAACGAGGGCCUCCCAAAGAGCUCCACACCUCUGCAGACAUCUGGGCAAAAGGGUUUCGAAAGGUGGCAAAGCCUUCCAUCCCAAAGCAGCUCCUGUUCUGAACCGGAAACUCCUUCUAGCCAAGGGAGACUUUCCCUCCACAUCUCAGAAUCCUGUCUGGAAAUGUCUCCUCCACCAUUUCACCGAGAAGAGGGUGACGACGAGGUUUUCUUCAAAGAGGCCCCAGUGCAUGCCACAGGGCCCGCGGCUGAGCCUCCGCUGCCACCGCCACCCCCCUCAGGGAGCCCCAGUGUCAUUACAAACACCUUGGAAGCAUUUCCGCCACCUCCUGCCACGAAUGAGCCAACAGCCCAUAAAGCCACAAACCUUGUAGAUGAGGGAUCUGCAGCAAGGGACUUCAAAAGGUUUCCCAGGGGCUUGAACGAGAAAGAGAAAGGACCAAGCACAGCUGUUAGCCAGAGCCACUGCCCUGCUCCGUCCCCACCUGUCGGGGUCUCAGGAUCCAAAGCAAACGGCAACACGCAUUCCUCCGAAACACAACCGCUGCCUUUGGUCCCCGGAGGGCUUGUCGAUGCCACACCUGCCGUUGCAAAGAGAGAGUCUAGGAGCGAUGAACUUGGGCCUGAGAAGAUCAAGAGUCCGGAAGACAUCAAGGAGGAAGCCUUAGCCAAGGAGAUUGUCCACAAGGAUAAGUCAUUAGCCAGCAUCUUAGAUCCAGACUCCAAGAUGAAAACCACCAUGGACUUGAUGAAAGGGAUAUUUCCCAGUGGAGCCAGGACACUUCAAGAGAACUCAAGGAGAAAACUAAUGCAGAAAAGAGCGGAUGAGUCUGCCAGUAGUUCUGUUCCAGAAGAUAAAAAGAAAGAUGAGAAAGAAACCAUCACACCGUUGGUCUCAUCAUGUCCAGCGUACUACAGUGUGUCUGGACCCAAAGCCGAACUCCUGAGCAAACUCAAGGAUAUGCCCGAGGAUGCAGGUGGAGAUGCCAAACAGGUGGACCUCAAUGAGAAGAAGGCUGAACUUAUCAAGAGCUUGACCACCAAGAUGGAAACUCUGAAAGAAGCCAAGGAAAGCCUGAUGGCAGAUAUCAAACUCAACAACGCCUUGGGAGAAGAAGUAGAAGCUUUGAUCAGUGGCUUGUGCAAACCAAACGAGUUUGAAAAAUAUAGAAUGUUCAUCGGAGACUUGGAUAAGUUGGUCAGCCUCUUGCUUUCACUCUCAGGACGCUUGGCCCGGGUGGAGAAUGUGCUCAGCAGCCUCAGUGAAGAUGCUGAUAAUCAAGAACGGAACUCUCUGAACGAGAAGCGGAAGAUGCUGGCAGGCCAGCAUGACGAUGCCUGCGAACUGAAGGAGAACCUGGACCGCCGAGAGCGUGUGGUCUUGGAUAUUUUGUGCAAUUACCUCUCAGAAGAGCAGCUUCAGGACUACCAGCAUUUUGUGAAGAUGAAAUCUGCCCUGCUUAUAGAACAGCGUGAGCUGGACGACAAGAUCAAACUCGGGCAGGAGCAGCUCAAGUGCCUUCUGGAGAGCCUUCCUACAGACUUCACCCUCCCGAGCAAGAAGGCGGCCGAGCCUCCGGCCUCCACCGGGACCAGCAGUAGCCACAGGCCCCCAACAUCUGCAACGUCUUCGCUCUGACCCUUCCAAGAUGGGGUUGUGUCAAAACCUUUUUUUCCCCCUUGAAUUUAUUUAAUUAGAGACCACUUUUAACUUUUUUAACCAAUGGGCGGUUUAACUUUUUUUUCUUUUUAAAAUUAACCUAUGGAAAGCGAACAGCAGGGAAAAAAAAGGUUUUCUUCCUUCCCCCUGGCGCCUGCCUGGAUCGCGUGAGAAAAGACAGGAUUCCUGAGAUUAAAAAGAGACGCAGAAGAAAGAGGUCAGCCAUGGUUUCCGUGAGAGUAGACAAACUGAUCCUAAAAGAAACUCAGGCUAUGGCCACUGAAGGAAUCUUGGGGCCCCUCGGAACCUCGGUGGUCAUUUAAUAAUGAAGGAUAUACAAUAAUGAAGCCUUAAUUAAAAUAUUAAUGAGAUACCUGCUGUCUUGAACACUAUCGAUAUUUAUAUUUUUUAAAGCUACAAAAUAGAAUGCUGUAAAGAAUUUUUGUACAUAAACACUAACCAGUUGUUUGAUUCUACUUCAUGGAUGUAGGAAAAAAUGUUUUAAAUUUUUUUUUCAAUGUUCACACGAGAGGAAACCUCUCUGCCCUUCCCCCCCACCAAACCUUAGUCACAUAUCAUAGCUUGGAAUUGCUUUCCUGGUACUGAAUAAAAGAGUAAGAGGAGAACAGACUUCCAGAAGCUUGUCCACAUAGAAAUGUUGUGUGCAGCUGCUACUGUUUUGUACAGUAGUCCAGAUGUUGGGUGUGGUGGGUGCAUUCAUGCCAGCAGGAGACCAAUGGGGUGGGGGAUCCCCAGUCAUAGAGUGUCUCUCUCUCUCUGUCUCUCUCUCUCUCUCUUACACAAACACACAACCAUGCACAUGGAAUCUGUUGGCUUUGCCUCCCUGAGUCACUUGGUGUUCCCACAUGGAGCAACAUCCUGUGCGCACAGGGGCACCUUUCCCAUUUAGCAGGAUCCUGUGCAGGUUUGUGAGAAAGGUUUCAUCCUGCACCGAGAGGCUUCCUCGCCACUAAUAGCAUCAAGACAGUCACUGGGUCAAGACCCACAGAAUCUACCCCGAAGUGACCUUUCCAAGAAGGCUUUGCACCGUGAAGUACUGUCUUCCGAAUCUGUGAUGUGGAGGAACUGCCGUUUAAACAAGCACUUGUCUGAAGCCAACAAACUCAGGAGUCCAUUGGAAACCGAAGCUAAAGAUUGCUCCACUGACUUUUGUGGCCUCUUCCUCUUCCCCCCCUUUUCUCUUGGCCCCAGUGACCGUUGCAGAACAAUAAAAACCAGAACGCAUGGAACUGCAUGCCGCCUGCAAAAUGUUUGAAUGACUUCUUGAGGUGGUUCUUUGAAUGUCUCUAUUUAUAGAUUGCUUUUUUU